CAUUUAGCGGUUACUCAGGAAGUGACUUCUUUGUUGUCAUAAUGGGCAGGGACCACACACAGGUGAAAUACUAUCUGGGUAACAGUAAGACAUUAUAUAGAACAAUGGAUUCAUAAGACUAAGAUAGAGAGCAAAUAGCAGCCGGCUCUCUUAAACCCACCACACCUCCAGCUGAGGACACUGGUUUUUGUAGCGUGGUUGCUGGGUUACGUCGCCUUCCUGUUCUCCGCGAGGAGGAUGUGGACAGGGAAGUACGUCCGCAGUCCUCUGGCAAGAUCACUCUUCAUGAACAUGGUGAGCGAGAACGAGGCAGCCGCGAUCGAGACACAAGAGUGGUACCACUGCGGUCCCGACCUGCUCGGAGAAUCGGUGCGACCCCUGUUUGUCCAGAGCCACCUGGACUCCGACACCAAGGCUUUCCUCAAGCGGAGUGUGGAGAAGUCCGGCUGGCUGUUCACCCAGCUCUACCACUCUUUUGUAUCAACGGUCCUCGGCCCGCUGGUCUCACGCACCUCUAUUAAUGGGUUUCUGGGUCGUGGCUCUAUGUUUGUGUUCUCGUCGGAGCAGUUCCAGCGGCUGCUCCGGGUCGGCCCGGAGUGGAGGUCUGAGAGGCUCCUGGACCUCGGGGCUGGGGAUGGAGGGGUCACGGAGGUGAUGGGAGCCCAUUUCAGAGAGGUCUAUGCAACUGAGGUCUCAUUACCCAUGAAAUGGCAUCUUCAGAGGAAGAAUUAUAAAGUGCUGGGUAUCGAUGAGUGGCAGCAGACUGAUUUCCAGUACGACAUGAUCAGCUGUCUGAACCUGCUGGACCGCUGUGACGACCCUCUUGAUCUCCUGCGGGACAUCAAGCGAUCGCUGGUUCCCAGCACAGGGAGACUCAUCCUGGCCGCGGUGCUUCCUUUCCAGCCUUAUGUGGAAGUCGGAGGAAGAUGGCAGCGCCCCAAAGAACACGUACGAGUAAAAGGAAAAACAUGGGAGGAGCAAGUAACCAACAUGUCCAAUGAGGUUUUCCGAAGAGCAGGGUUCGAGGUGGAGGCCGUGACCCGGUUGCCAUACCUCUGCGAAGGGGACAUGUACAACGAUUACUACGUUCUCGACGAUGCAGUUUUUGUUCUCAAGGCCUCCGAGGAUAGCUCAGAGUCUGCUUGAAUACCAAACGUACUGUGGAACUGUCAGAGCGCCCGCUAACCUAACUUGAUCUCGAUAGGUCACUCCUCGAUGGAUUUUAGUGCAAUUUUCAACAGCUUCAUUCAUAAAACAGAGUAUUUCUGACAGUGUUUCUUUAGAAAUGUUCAGUCAACUGUGAAGCUCAGGUACUGUAGUUCCUACAUUUACCAGCCAUCUUGUGUGACAGUGAUACCUCUACUUUUUAAGCGAAAAAUAACUGAUAUGUUACCAUGCAGUAGGUGUUUGUUGUAAAAAAAUCUGUUAUCUGUGGGAAAGUGUUUACUGUUAGCGUUUCAUCAUUCUGUAAUGGGAAUAAUCAUGGUUGGAUUUGCACUUCAGUGUCUAAUGCAAAGGAUCAGUGUAUGCACACGUUUGAUUUAACCAUUCUGAAUUGGGCUUUUUGUAUUUUAAUGCUAUUUUUUUUUUUUAACUUGCUAUUAGUGACGACAAAAAUAAUAUGAGGCCUUCUUAAAGUGAGCCUAUGUAACUUUUGGUAAACAGUGGCUACUAUCUUAAUGUU